AAGGAAAAUAUAAUUUUCUUCGGCUCAGGAGUAAUAUUUCUCUUCGUGGCAUAAUACUUUAGCAUCUCGACAGCUUUUCCAGCUAUUUUAUCCGAUAGUGCCUAGGGACUACAUGAAGCUCAAAACGAGAGAACUCGGGGACCCAGUGUAAUGCAAGUGCGCUGCAGAGUGGUACAAUACGCAUGUUGAUCGUUGCAGUUGGGGAGAUAGGGGGAACCGGGUGUGCAGAGGCGGCGAACUCAAAAGCUCAAAUGAAGUGCUUCGGUAGUUUACGCAGAACUUUUGGUUAUUCGGUGCCACGCAGCGAAGUAUGUAAAAAGUCAUUAAUGAAAUAUAGUACUUCCAAAGAAACUUCUUCAGGGUAUUGUGUGAAUAUGGUUAAAAACUUCGACUACGAGAAUUUCUUGUGUACAUUACUCCUCCCUAACGAUAUUCGGACUUCUGCUUUUGCAAUCCGUGCAUUUAACAUCGAGACAGCAAGAGUUCAAGAUAGCGUGAGUGAUCCACGUAUUGGUCAAAUGAGGCUGAAAUUCUGGGAAGAAACUAUUGAUAACAUUUACAAUGGACAUGUGCCAAAGCAACCAGUUGCUAGUGAACUUUAUCGUGCUAUCAAGAGGCAUACUUUAUCUAAAAGGCACCUGAAACGGCUCAUAUUGGCACGCUCCAACCAUUUUUCUACUUCGUUUCUGAGUCUCGAUGAAAUGGAGUCAUAUGCAGAAGAAUCAACAUCUCCAGUAUACUAUAUGCUUCUGGAAGCACUGGGCAUUAAAAACAUUCAUGCCGAUCAUGCUGCUAGUCACUUAGGAAAAGCACAGGGUCUUACCAACAUGGUUCGUUCGGUACCUCAUUGUGCUGAGAGAAGACUAGCACCACCAUUACCACAAGAUGUCAUGAUGGAGAAAGGUGUCUCUCAGGAAGAGAUUAUCCGUGGAAGCAGAUCAGACAACACUCGUGAUGUAAUCUUCACAGUAGCUGCCAGAGCCUCACAACAUCUUGAAAAGGCUCGCUCUAUUAAAACCAAUCUUCCAGAACCUGCCUUCAGGAUAUUUUUGCCUGGUCUACCUGUUGGUCAAUACCUAGAGAAAUUGAGACUACUUCAUUUUGAUGUAUUUGAUGCCAAAUUGCAGAGGAGAAAUAGUCUCCUUCCACUUGCCUUGUACUGGAACAGAUUCAGAAUGAAGUUCUGAAAAGUGAGACAUCAUUUUAGUUCAUAAACACUUGCUGAACUCACGCCAGCCUGCGUGAGCUAACGCCUGCAUUUCGACCUCCUUUAGUAACACGCUUGGCUCUCCUGCCAACCACAAGAAGAGGGACAAAGCAGAUGAAGAUUUAGUAGGUACGGAUACAGAUGAGGAUCACGAGGAGAAGAGUGGGCAUACUUCAGACACCGAACAAGAACAAAGUGAAUCCGAUGUUGAGUGUCUGGAGGGUAGAUUUUUUGUAUGCAAAGACAAGUCUGUAAAAUGGAAAAAGCAAAACCUGAAGAACGGCAGUACUUCAAAAGUGUAGUGCCUGUCAUCAAUUCAUUUUCUAUUUUAUUUGAUGAACGUAUAGUGACCUCAGUUGUAAAUUGCACAACAAUGUACAUAAAGUCAGUAAAAAAUAAACAUUUCAGAGAGUGAGAUGCCAAACAUAUGGCGAGAGAAGACUUACUAGUAUUUUUGGGGCUACUCUAUUUGGCUGGACUUCACAAAGCCACUCAUGUGAAUUAUAAGGAUUUAUGGGAAGACAUAAAAAUCUUUUGUCUCACAAUUUCAUGCAAAUGAUUUUUUUUUUUACUUAGUCAUAAGAUUUGAUGACAUUCGCACCUUUAAAACUAUAAGAAAACAUUAUAAAUUAGCACCUGUGAGGGACUUUCCCACUGCGAUAAAUAAUAAUUGUAAAAAUGCAUUCACCUUAAGUAAAUAUUGUACAAUUGAAGAACAGCUUCUACUUUCAGGGGAUAAUAUCCAUUUAGACAUUAUUUACUGCAAAAACCCAAAAGGUGUGGAAUAAAGGUUUUUGCACUAAUAGACGCUAGAAUGAAUUAUUUCAUCAACUUUGUAAUAUAUGCAAACACACAACUGAAGGAACUGUUUCAUCAAGACCGUGCUGUAUUAUCAGUUGUGAACAGGUCGACUGAACAUGGUGCAGGUACCAACAGGAAUAUGACUUGUGACAAUAUUAGUUACCAACUAGCUCAGCUUCUCCUUACAAGAACGUUAACAGUUGUGGGUACCAUAUGAAAAAAUAAGCAUGAAAUUCCACGAGAGUUUCAGCCUAGUAAGUGUAAAGCAAAGUAUAGCUGUGUUUCUGGAUUCACUAAAGAUGUGACUUUAGUAUCGUACAUUACUGCCAACAAUAAGACGGUAAUAGUAUUAUCAACAAUGUAUCAUGAUGAUGUCAUUGACACAUCAACUGAUGUUAAAGUGAAGUCUAAAAUAAUCACUUUAUAUAAUGGUACCAAAGGUGGAGUCGAUACAUGCGAUCAGUUGUGGACAAAUUUUAAUGUUGGUAGACAAACAAAAAGGUGUCCACCAGCUAUAUUUUUCCAUUUUCUAAAUGUAAUGCAUACAAAUGCACAUUGCUGUAUAACAUUGACCCGAAAACUGAUUACCUGCUAUGAUGAAAAUUGCUAAGGGACUUGGGAGGAACAUUGGUUGAAAAGCACAUUAGAAUGUGACAGUGUAUAGAUAAAUUACAUUUGGGAGAGGAUAUAAAACUGUCAGUAGUGGUCCCUGACGAUCCUGGACCUUCUCGUGGGAAGUGCAAAAUGAGCCUCCAAAAUCAUGACAAAAACCACACAGAAACGCUCAAGAUGCAAACCCUUUGUUUGCAAAACUCAUGCAAACAUAAUGUGUGUGAUGAUUUAGAAUGAACUGUAUUAGGAGUAUUAGUGCAAACUCGCCAUACUACAUUUUUGUUACUGCAAUUUUCAGGUUUAUUCAAUAAAAUUG